GUCGAGGGCAAGGUCAGUCUCUCCGUCGCCAUUUACACGCUGCGAGGAUGGCUGCUAGAAGAAUUGCAAAAUCAGCUGUCGAUUGGACAGCAUUUGCUGAAAGGGUCCCAGCCAACCAGCGGGAUUUCUUUAGAGCCUUCAAAGCAAAAUCAGAGAGCAUUGUAAACAGGGUCCACCAGUAUCCGGAGAGCCUGCCUAAGCUUGACUUUUCGUUUUACAAAGCUAGACUUGCAAACGCUGCUGUUGCAGAACAGUUUGAAAAACAGUACCAGAAUGUCUCUGUACCAUUUCCGAAGGACAAGAACAAUAUGCUGCAGGAGGUAGAUACCCAGGAGAAGAAGGCUGAGGCUGACAGCAAAACUUUCGUUGGCGUGCUUCAGGGACAGAUUAAGGAAGCCAGGAUGAUGCUGGACAAGCUGGGGAGCAUCCCUCCGCCCGACCAGAUGACACAUGAGAUGUACGCCUACUACUUCCCUGACAAGAGUCUGGACCCUGUGAGCAAGCCCACAUUCUGGCCCCACAUCCCCAUGCUACAGCCUGGCCACAAGGAUCACGAGUACAUCAAGUAAUGAAACGUCCUGUAGGAACUUUAUGCCAGAAAUAUUGUGUGACAGUUACUUCAGGUACCCGUAUGACUGGAACAUUCAAGAUAGAUUUGUACAUGUAUUCGGUUCAACAUUUCUGACUGUGUCCUGAACUAGAAUAAAUUCUUGUUUGCGAA